UCACGUCCCUUCUUCCACAGCUCAUCUCUUAGAAUCAGACAACCAUGUCGCGUCGGGUCACUCGAAGCAUGGCGACGUCGAACGUUCCCAUGCCCUCCUCUUUUAAUCUCCUCCCAGUCGAACUACUCCAUGAAAUCGUGGACACUUGCGUCGACGAAGAGAAGGGUCCUCUGCUAGCUACCUUAAUGGCGACAAGCCGGCGCCUGAGGAACUUUGCGCUGCCGCUUUUCUUCAGCAUGAUACACGUCACUACUCCGUCGCUCUUCAAUCUCCUUCUUGAUUUCCUUGAUGACUCACCAAGUGAAUAUUAUUCACACGUGCGCUCUCUUAAAAUUCAUCUCCAAAUAUUCGAUCUUCCGGAGCGAACGAGCUUCAAGAACUCGUCUAUCCGCAGUCUCAAAAAGUUCACGGGUCUUCGUGUAUUCGAAGCCGCGCUGGUCCGCGGGAAACAAAACCUUCUAGACGCGUUGUCGACGGGCUCACCGGGACUGCAGCACUUGGACAUCAGCUGGAAUGGGGUGAAGCAUUUUCCCGACAUGCGAGCGUUCGCGCAGCUUCGGAGUCUGCGCAUGGUUACGCACGAUCGUCCGCCCAGAGUCAUUCCCCGCCUCUAUGUCACUCCCCGAGUCACCCUCAACCACCUCACCACCCUCGCAAUAUCCCGUGUAUCCCACGCUUGCCUCAUGGAUAUUGCUAACGAGUACAUCCUUCCCCAGCUACGCGUCCUGCGUUUCGACCAUGCAUGCCGCCCUAGAGCGGUAUACCAUUUCAUUGAUAGACAUCCAUCCCUUGCGGAAGUCAAUGUCACUUUUCUGCCCUUUGGAAACCCCCGUCUUUACCCAAUCACAAAAGUCAUGCAGGGAUCUUCAGAAUGGAUCCCGCUGUCAGUAGACACCUUGGAUUUUGCCACGGGUAUCAAGGAUCCUCCAGGAUAUUCAUGGGCGAGCAUACUCAUUCAGGAAGUCGCUUUCAAGCGCGUUCCCAUCGAAGAACCCGAUGAUCCCAGUGUUCGGUAUAUCAUUAAAGAUCUGGCACUCAUGACAGAAGAUACUGCUGCGUGGCAGUUGGGAUCACAUUUCAUGAACGUACUGAGCUUGGGCGGAAAGGUACCACUCUUUGACGAUGUUGAAACACUCACUGUGCAGGCACUCGAUGAAUGGGCGCGUUAUGCCUCGUUUUCGGCGUUCAUGACCGAAUUGGCUGAAAAUCUCAAACAAUGGCGUAAAUUAAAGAAAUUUACCGCCCAUAUCACCUCUUUAUCCGCUUUUCAUGCGUGGGGAGAGUUUCAUCGCCGGCCCCCUCGUCCAGUAUCGGAUGCUCUCCGACAAAAUAGUCCAUUAUUGCAGACCCUUCCACCAAUAUCCUCCCUGACUGGUGGACCUAUCACUAUUGUUACGAUACUUGAGGCUCUGCAGGCCAGUUACCCGGACUUCAUGGCGCGGGAUCUGGCAGAUGCACUGCGCGCUGAAGUUAUCAACAUCCUAGGCCCCGCACAUGCGCUAGUUCCACCAGCUGGUCUGUACCUCGUUCCCGCAUGGGAAAAAGUGAAUCGGAACACGGUUAGUGCGGCGGUGCUGUAUCUCGCGAAGCAAUGUCCCUUGCUGGAGCAAUUUGAUUGGUACCUGUCGGUUGCUAGGGAUAAGUACAUUCAAGGUCCACUGUGGAGAUGGAAGAUUCAGCGAGAUGAGAAGGGUGAGGCGACGUCGGUGUCUGGCGAGCUCAUGUGGAAGGAUCGGCCGGUCCUGUACAUUAUGGUUGGAAGUGAGCGUGAGCGGAUGGCUAAUCCAGGAUGUAAUGAUGGGUAGAGUCUCAAAUAAACUCAGUCAACGUCGCUUUGACAUCGAUCGUUUCCAAGGUUAGCGGCACUCCAGUCCGGGUGUUCAACUUUCCAUGUUCAUUAUGGCAACGAACCUCUUUCCUGUGUCACCGAAAGGCUUCGAAUUUCGGAUCACAUUGUUUGUGUUGUUAAUAUGGGAUGGAACAUUGCCUA